CGCGCUGGAGAAUGACGUAAGGGGCGGGGCGCGCCCGGGCACCCUAGGAGACCGACUUGAGAAGCGGCGGGGGGCCGCGCUAUGGACCGCUAUGCGGCCGCCGGUGAUGAGGCGGCGGACCGGGCCCGGCAGCAGGAGCGGCACUACCAGCUGCUGUCAGCGCUACAGAGCCUGGUCAAGGAGCUGCCCAGCUCCUUUCAGCAGCGCUUGUCCUACACCACGCUCAGCGACUUGGCCCUGGCGCUGCUCGACGGAACGGUGUUUGAAAUCGUGCAGGGCCUUCUGGAGAUUCAGCACCUCACCGAGAAGAGCCUCUACAACCAGCGACUGCGGCUGCAGAACGAACACCGAGUGCUUAGACAGACUCUGAGGCAAAAGCAUCUGGAAGCCCAGCAGUCCUGCCGGCCCCACAACUUGCCAGUGCUCCAGGCAGCUCAGCAGCGUGAGCUGGAGCCAUGGCAGGCCAUGGAACAUCGGAUCCGGGAGGAACAGCAGGCAAUGGACCGAAAGAUUGUCCUGGAACUGGACCGGAAGGUUGCUGACCAGCAGAGCACACUGGAGAAGGCAGGGGUAGCUGGUUUCUAUGUGACCACUAAUCCUCAGGAGCUGACGCUGCAGAUGAACCUAUUGGAACUCAUCAGGAAGCUGCAGCAGAGGGGCUGCCAAGUGGGAAAGGCAGCUCUGUGACCAAGUGGGGGGGUCCUUGCUGUCCUCCAUUGCCUAGGAUGGCUGGUGCCACAGCCUUGACUGUGUGUGGGCUACUGACUGUCCAGCUGCCAACAGGUCCGAUCUCUCUGAAGGGCUGAUUAGACCCUGGCUAUGCCUGCUGCCAUCCACUGUUGAGAUUUGGAGGGAAGGGUCCAAGCAACAGGAAUGGUGCCAUGAAAAGGCCUCACAUGACUGGAUGUUGAGUAGGAAUAUUGGUUCUAGCACUGUCCCCUCUGGGCAUAUCCCACAUUCCCUCCAGGCUUGGGUUUUGCCUUGUUCCUGUGUAGCCCCUCCCUUGACAGUCCCAGCCCUGGAUGGGAGAAGCUCCAAAACCUAAGGCCAGUAUGGCCUCGAAAAAUAAAGAACCCAGGACAUGA